AUGCCGCGAUCUUCACAUUCAUCCUUCAAGGUUUAUUUGAAUCCAUAUUCCAAGUCAACCGUGAAGAAAGGCGAACGAAGCGACGAACAAUCGGCGGCUACUCUGUUGUCGUCUUUCACUCUCGGUGGUCUUGCGAUCUACACUCUUCUUGAGUGUCUUAAGGAUGUCUGCUACGUAGAUUUCAGCAUUGAGCCACCCCUUCUAUCUAGCAAGAUAAUUUGUUAUAUUACCUGCUUUAAGUGGUGUUUCUUGUCCAUUUCUUGUGAUUUUGGUGUUAUGCCAAUUUAUGUUAGUGAUGGUUCUGCUUAUCGUUUGUUGUUGUUGGAUUGGUGUUUCCUGUCCAUUUCUUGUGAUUUUGGUGUUAUGCCAAUUUAUGUUUGUGAUGGUUCUGCUUAUCGUUUGUUAUUGUUAGAUCCAAUGGAAGACACUGUUAUCAAGUCAAAGCAUGACAUUAGGGAUUACAGAGUGAUUAAGCUAGAAAAUGGUCUUGAAGCACUUGUUGUACAUGAUCCUCGGAUUACUACUAAAGAUGACAACAAAAAUGAAGGCAGACAAGUAAAGAUGUGUUGUGCAGCUAUGACCAUCGGUGUUGGUAGUCUUCAUGCCCCAAAACGUGUGCAAGGAUUACCGCAUUUGUUAGAACACAUGCUCGUCGAGGGGAGCCAAAAGUUUUCUGAAAAGAAAGACUAUCUUAGCUAUAUCUCCGAGCACGGUGGAUCGACAGAUGAAUUUACAAACACCGAACACUGCAACUUCAGUUUUCAAGUAAAUGGAAAAUUUUUAAAGGGUGCCUUAAGAAGAUUUGCUCAUAUCUUCAUUGAACCCCUGCUAUCAAAGGAAAUCUUAGAGGCCGAAGUAAAUGCAGUAGAGAGUGAAUUUAAUGAAAGAAAGGAAGAAUGGAAGUUGGUCCAUGAUGGUCUUCUUUGCCACACAUCAAGAGAAGGGCAUCCAUAUAAUAAUGUAUUCUUGUGUGGCAACAGAGGAAGUCUGAUGGGUGAAAAGGAUGACUGUGAUGAUCUUCACAAGGAAGUGCUAAAAUUUCACCGAAAAGAAUAUCAUGCUGAGAAGAUGAAAUUAGUCAUUAUUAGUGGAGAGACUCUUGACGGGCUUCAAGGUUGGAUUGAAAAACUCUUUGAUUCCAUAAAAAAGUGUCCUGCAAAAAAGGUUGAAUCAAGAAAAAGAAAAAGAAUACUCUCAAAAAGACCUGUCUGGAAGUCCGGAGAACAAUACCAUAUAGUUCUUGAGACACUCAAUACUAAUAUUCUUGUUGUUUCGUGGAUCUUGUUGUCUCUACGCAAUGUGUAUGAACAUAAACCUGACCGAUAUAUAUCUUAUUUCCUCAAUCAGGAGGGAACAGGAAGCUUGAUUUCCUUACUCAAGGAUAAAGGGUUGGCCAAGUCUUUAACUGCUGAAAUUGGUGAUGGAAUAUGUCAUACAGCUAACAUCUUUUCCAUUAGAAUAGGGCUCACCAAUUCUGGUAUACUUGAGAUCAACAAGAUAAUUGGAUUGAUAUAUGAAUAUCUUACAUUGCUGCGUGAUUCUCCACCAGAAUGGAUGUUUAAGGAAAUUCAGAGUGUGGGAGAACUAGCAUUUAAUUUUGGAGAGGAGAAUGAUCAACGUGAAUAUGCUGUUAAGCUUUCAGAAAAUUUGCUCCAAUAUCCUCCAAAGCAUGUUAUUUAUGCUGACCAUUUGUACGAAAAAUGGAAUGAGCCUUUAAUAAAACAAGUUCUUGGUUAUUUCUUACCUGAAAACAUGAGGAUAUAUGUUUAUACAGGUGGCUCUGAAAUGGAAGAUGAUGAUCAAGUAGAAAGAGGUGUUGAAGAUGAUGAGCAAGUAGAAAGAGUUAGUGAUGAUGAUAUGCAAGUGGAAGGAUCAAACUUAAAUAAUGUGUCCAAACUUGUACCUUGGUUUGGAAUACCAUAUUCUGUACAAGAUAUUGAAGAAAGUUUAAUGAAGUUUUGGAAAGAAACUCAAGAAGCUCAUGAACCACUGGGAUUGCCAUGCAAGAACGAGUUUAUUCCCUAUAACACUUCAAUAGACGUUGGAGACAUAGUUGAUGAAGAUUUUUCGAAUAUGACUCCUCCAAAGUGUAUAUUUGAUGAAGACUCGAUGAAGUUGUGGUACAAGCGGGAUUGUACUUCCAAAGCUCCUUUUGCUUGUAUAUAUAUUCAGAUAAAGUACUCCAAGGGAGUGUGGGACAACGCUAAAACUUGUGCAUUGUCUGAAUUGUUCAUUUCGUUUCUUCGUGACAAGUUGAAUGAAGUCAUAUCUAAGGCUCAAAUGGCCAUGUUGAAUACCAAACUCCGUUUUAUUGAUGGUAUGCUUGAGGUGAAGGUUUUUGGUCACAAAGAGAUGCUUCCUAGUCUCUUGUCAAAGAUUUUGUCAGAAGUUAACUCUUUUAUGCCAACUGAUGAUGGUCGGUAUGAGUUGGUGAAAGAAAACGCAGAGAGUUCUUUAAUGGAAGAUAAUGAUGACAAUGAGUUUCUUGAAACACUUCUACGUGAGCACAUCUAUGUGAAAGAUGAAUUGGUGAAUUAUCUACAUAAUUUGUCGCUUGAUGAUGUGACAGAGUUUAUUGAAGAAAUUCGCUCACAGACAUUCAUUGAGGGACUCGUGCAUGGAAACUUGUCAGAAGAUGAUGCAAAUAAGAUAUACAAGAUAGUUAAGCAGAUUUUUCCAAAUAAAUCACUGCCUAUUGUGCCAAGGCAUGUUGAGAGAGUCAUGUGCCUCACUCCCAAGACAAACUUUGUUGUGAAUUACUCGGGCAUGUCUAGUGUCAUCUCUACAGCUCAGCUUUAUAUCCAAAUUCGACCUAAUCUCUUUAACUCAAUCAAGAAGAUGGCUUUGCUUGAUCUUUUUGAUGUUAUUGUAGAAAAGCCAUUUUAUGAUCGGAUCAGGAGAGAAGAGAAUCUUGGUUAUACAGUUCAGUCCUAUUCAUCUGAAAUACACAAUGUUUGGGGAUUUUGUUUCGACAUUGCAUCAUCUGAUCAUGAGCCAUAUUACUUGCAACAUAGAAUUGAAGAAUUUGUAGAUGGUUUGGAAAAAGUCUUUGAAGACUUGGACAGUAAAACAUUUAAAAAGUACAGAAGAAGUUUAGUGGAUAAGAAAUUGCAGGGUUGUUCAUCUCUCGAAGAUGAAAGCUGCCAAGUCUGGAAGGAAAUUAGCAAAUAUAGCGGCAAUAUCAAUAUCACACAAAAGGUAGCUGAGCAGUUGAAACAAAUAACUAAGGAUGAUUUGAUGAGAUUCUAUAGAAAGUACUUCAAAAAGUCCUCUGGCAAUUGUAGGAGAUUGAAGAUAAAUGUUUGGAGUUCUGAAAAAUUUCCAGAGGCUGAUGAUUCACCUUAUAAAGAUGAGAAUGAGGAGGUUCCUGAUGAUGAGGAUAAUCCGAACUAUUGGUGA